AUGCUUUUGUUUUUUACUUCAGUUGCCCAUUCAUGGUGGGGAGAACCUCAUUACUUCAUUGCUAGACUUGCUGAAUCGAUGCUUUCUGCAUCAGAGGUCAAAUAUCUCAAUCGUGUUUUAGCAACAUGGGAAAGUGAGAAGGCAGUUUUUCACGACACAGGUAACUGGCACGAUGAUUUAAAGCCGAUUGGCAUGCCUCUUAUGGUUCCAUGGCAUUUUAGAAAUCAACCAGUUGUAGAUCCAAAUUAUAAUCUUGUAACUUACCCAGUCACUUACAAUGUUACCCAAGUUAACAAAGAUUGCUUAUCAGCUAUUUAUGAUACAUCAACUACAAGCAUGUGGAUCCUCGGAUUUUGUUUCCGUUCAUUGGCCCACUUUGUUGCUGAUGCCCAUUGCCCUGUACAUGCUUCUUGUUACUUCAGUGCCGACUAUCCAAAUGGUGAUGGUGGUGCUACAAAAGAGAAAUUCGUCUGUCCUGUCGAUGAAGUUUGUGAUAAACUUCAUUUUGUUUGGGAUAGCGGCAGCUUAAACUUCCAAACAUGGCCAAUACCAGAGUCUCUUGUUAAGGAAGCAGAGUACAACUUAUCACAUCUUUGGACAAAUUAUCCUCCUGAAAAACACUAUAGCUCAACUUACAAUUCAAUCGAUCCUGACCAGUGGCAGAGUGAUGCUUACGAUGUCGCUAAGGAAUAUGUCUACGGUUUGUACCAAUUUGGACACAAUGUCACAGGUGAAUAUUUCAACAAGACACAGCCACCAGCAGCUAAGCUCAUCUCUGUUGCAGCUUAUAGGCUCGGAAAGGUACUACAGACUUUCUUCCAUAAAAGAGGAUUCCAUCUUCCAGGUGAAAGAAGCCAUAUAACAGAAAUUUUAGCUUGGGUUAUUGAUUCAAUACUAAUAAUUAUCGCUACUAUUUACUCAAUUUUAAUCUUGAGAACAACAAAAAGAUCUACUGCUUUUUCACCUUUGCGUGAGCCUUAA